AUAUAAAAUUAUCAUGGAAAAAACCUAAUACCUUUUAAUUAACGCAAUCGCAGUAGCUGAUAAAAAAAAGAAAACGGGACUGCAUCAAAGAAGACAUUCGAGAGGAUGUUUUCCAAAUUGGCUUUUCGCUUUGGAAGAAGAUUUGUUACACCGUGCAGUCAGAGACUAAGUGCAGCGGGUAUCAGUGAGGAUGUGCAUUCAAAAACAGACCCUUGGGAGACAUUAGCUAAAAGCUAUAAAAAAUCUUCACUUCAGCACAAGCAUUCAGAGAAAAUCAACGAAACUAAUAAAAAGACAAAUGAAUUAGAAGAGAAUAAGUUGUCUGAACUACAUGUUGCAAUGACUGGUGAUGCCCCCAUAAAAGGAGAAACACUAUCAACAGAUAUUAAAGGUGUUUCACAGCCCCCAUUAAACACAGAACUGAUUGCAAAGCAUUUUCGUAAUGUAUCAGUAAGUCAGGUUUGUGACAUAAUGAACUCUAACCUACAAUCGUGUACCCCAGAGAUGCUGUCAGAGAUCGAGGCUUAUUUAGAUGAAGUGGAUAAACUUGACCCUCACAGCACUAAGUGGGACAUGAUGACCUCCUUUCUUCCUCACCCCGAUGAGGAUAGAGGAAUACGUUACAACUUUCUGAAACCAAAGUCCAGUAGCUUUGAGGACUACAUAGAGCAUUCAGAGACACUACAGAAACUAGUGAUGAUAGGCGUUGAUCUGUCAGCUGUUCAAGAAUUUCCGUUCAUCGGAAACUACAUCAUCAGGCUUGAUUUUGAGAGAGACAUCAUUCCAAAGUUGUUAUACCUGAAAGAUCUGGGUGUUUAUGACCAUAAUCUUGGAAUGGUUUUGACCACAAACCCCUUUAUACUGGAGGACCCCAUCAACAAGCUUCAGUCAGUGGUUGGCUACCUGAAAUCUAAGAAGUUCACAGACGAGAUGAUUGGUAAGAUGGUGACACGGCAUUCGAUGUUCCUUAUCAUGGAAGUAGGACAGGUUGACUCCAAGCUUGGGAUGUUCCAGAAGAUGUUCGGACUCAAAGGUGAUCAGAUGAGAGAGGUUUUCUCCAUCCACCCAAUCCUUAUUUCCCAUAACAGGAAAAAGAUCCAGGAUGUACACUUUCUGUUCCACAAAAUAUGGGGAUUUGACUACAAUCAGCUUCAGGCCAUGUUUUUGAAAUGUCCACUCGCUUUUGCAGAAGAGCCCCAAACACUCCAGACUCGACUUGAGAACUUGUAUGACAUGGAGGUGAGCAUGGAGACGAUAGCUGAGAACCCUGGAGUGUUGUUAGGAGACCACCAUCAGGUGCGGAGGAGACACGCCUUCCUGAAGGAGAUUGGGCGGGCCCACUAUAACCCAGAGAAGGCGGGAUAUGUGUCCCUGGAAAGUCUGGCCAAGAGAACGGCAGAAAAAUGGUGCUGGAAAAUAGGAGUACCUAAGGAACACUUUGUCACAUUUUUAAAAACAGAAUAAAUUGCUUAUAAAUAUGA